AACUACAUACAGUUUUUUGUUGCAUGUAAUCCUCGAGGUGUGCUGAUGUUGCAUAAAAUUCUAAGUUAGAGACCUUCAUACCAUUAAGGAUCUUUUAAAUAAUUUUCUAUAUGCAUCAGAAGCCAUUUAUGCGGGCGACGUCGAGGAGAUGAAUGAAUCUCCAUCACGCGCGGCUGCUAAAGCUCGGCCUGGAUCGGGAUCCUGUCACGGCCACCCAGCUCCUCACCGCGUAUGCUAGCCUCCCUUCCCCGGACUCGCUAACCUACGCCCUCCGCCUCUUCGCCCAGGUCCCCUCCCGCUCCCGCGACCCCGUCCUCUGGACCGCUCUCCUCUCCGCCUUCGCCCGCUCCACCCGCCCCGCCGCCGCCCUCCGCCUCUUCUCCCGCCUCCCUUCCCUUCGCUCCAACCCCUUCGCCUUCGCCUCCGCCGCCCGCGCCGCCGCCUACUCCGACCCCCGCCUCGCCCGCGCCCUCCACGCCCAGGCCAUACAGCAUGGUUUCCACUCCAACGUCGUCGUCGCCACCUCCAUCCUCCGCUUGUACUCUAAGAUCAACGAUGUGGACUCGUCUUGUAAGGUGUUCGGUGGAAUGCCUCAGAGAAAUGUAAUUACUUGGAAUUCCAUGAUCGCUGGUUAUACCUCUGCCGGAAUGGGUGUCCGAGCGUUGGAUCUGUUCUACAGAAUGAGAUGUACCGAAUCUGGGUUGGAUGUUGAUGAAUUCACAGUGGCUAGCGGUUUGACUGCCUGUGCUGCGUUUAGCGAUCUGAGAUCAGGCACACAGAUUCACGGCUUCCUCAUCACGCUAGGGCAUGAGACAGAUACUGCAGUAAUAAAUGCUUUGGCUAACAUGUAUUUUAGAUGCGGGGAAGUGGAGUGUGCUGAGAGAGCGAUGCAGGGGAGAGAAGAGUUUGUAGAGUCUAAGCUUAUGAUGAUCAAAGGUUAUGUCUUUAAUAAGAGGUAUUAUCAUGCCACUAAGAGCAUUCUUGGUCAUGGUGGUGGUUUUAUGGAACUUGUCAUGGUGGAUCAUAGUGUUAUUGUUUCCAUGCUUAAAGUGUGUGCCGGUCUUGGAUUGCUUAAAACUGGGAGGCAAGUUCAUGGUCUUCUCGUUGCUUCGGGUCUUUACGAAAAUUGCUGUUCUUCUGAUGGCAAUGAUGCUAUUCUUGGGAGUGCUUUGAUUGACAUGUAUUGCAAGUGCUCUAGCAUCACAGAAGCUCAACAUGUUUUCAGUAGUAUGGGGGAAAGGCAUGUGCCACACUGGAACUCAAUGAUCACAGGAUGCAUAUAUAAUGGUUUGAUCAAUGAAGCACAUCAGCUCUUUAAUGCUAUGCCUGAUAAAAAUGUGAUCUCAUGGACAGCUAUGAUCUCGGGAUAUGUACAGCAUGGAUUACCAAGCGAGGGGCUAAGGUUACUGGCAAGAUUGUAUGGUGAAAGUGGGUCGAUUCGAGGGAACUGCUUCACCUUGGCAAAAUCUCUAGAUGCUUGUAGCUGUCUAGCAGCACUACAUUCCGGCAAAGAGAUCCAUGCUCAGGCACUAAGAACAAUGGCUGGGGAUGGAGAUGAUCAUGUGGUCAUCAAAACUGCUCUUAUUGACAUGUAUUCAAAGUCAGGCAAUUUGAACUAUGCAAGGAGAAUAUUUGAUAGAAUGGAAAUUAAGAAUGUAGUAUCUUGGACAUCGAUGAUCACUGGUUAUGCUGUGCAUGGUUUAGGUUUACAAGCUAUUGGAGUUUUCGAGCAGAUGAUAAGAAUGGGUUUUGAACCAAAUGAGGUUACUUUCAUAGCUGUUUUGAGUGCUUGCAGCCAUUGCAGUCUAGUUGAGCAAGGCAUAAACUACUUCAACUUGAUGACGGAGAGGUAUGGCAUCGCUCCGAGAGUUGAUCACUACACUUGCUUGGUUGAUAUGUUAGGACGAGCUGGCAAGCUUGCAGAAGCUUGGAAGUUGGUAGAAGAUGUAAAAGAUGCUGAAACAAACUGUAACAAAGACAGAGGCAUGGAGAGUGGUGAGGGUGCUUCUAUUUGGGGCGCCUUGCUUGGGGGAUGUGGGUUGCAUGGUAAUGUGGAGAUUGGAAGUGAGGUGGCUAGAAAGAUGCUUGAGAGAAAGCAGCAGAUUUCUGAUACAUAUGUUGCAUUGUCUAAUGUUUAUGCAGCUGCUGAGAUGUGGGAUGAAGUUUACAGAGUUAGAGAAGACUGGAGAAAGCAAGGUGUUUCGAGAGAGGCUGGACAUAGCCAAAUCCAAAUUGGGGCUCUUAUAUAGGUUUUGAAGGGCUCAAAAUUGACAGUUGGUAGUGCAGAUGCUGAUGCGAAUCUCUGUGAAGGUUGGAAAAAAUUGACUUAUAAUUCUGUCACAACCAUAUCGUUAUUGUGAUCAGGUUGUCAUAAAACAUGUCAUAUACAGAUUGUGCUGGGUCAUUGUAUUAUUCCAUAAUUGAGAUCAGCUCUGGCAGCUCAUCAUUCUUCUAAUCGUGAGCUACUCUACUGGCAAGGAACUCAGCAGGUGGAAGGAUCUUUUGAAGCAUUACCUCAAAACUAUUGAUGAAGAGGUGCUGUUGCAGUUUGUCAUGUCAGAAGCAGUUUGUCAAAAAAUUUCUCAAGAUGCCACAGCACCAAUCAUUGUUACCAUGAUGGUGGUGCUAAUGUCUUCAUCAAUAAUAUUCUUCCAUUCCUUGGCAUAAGACAAGUUGAUAAAAUAGAAGCAACAGGAUUGUUGGUUGACAUGUAAUUGGUUUCUGAUGUUGUAAUAUCCUUCCAUAGUCUUCAUUUUCUGCUAUCAUAAGAUAUCCAUUCAUAUUAUAUGCUUUUUCUGCCAGCUCUCUCUGCUCUCACAGUCAAUGAAUUUUGAUGGAUCUGUAAAUCUGGUGCAAUGGCUAAGAAAGGCUUCGGAAGAUGAUGAAGAUGACUGAGGUGGCGGCUUUGUGCGUCCAAAACAUUAGUGCAGGAUCCCAUCAAUUUAGUAUGGUUAUUUGUGUCCCUACUGUGGGAAUGGUUAGUUGUACGCUAGUUGUAAGCCAAGGAGUAAAUUGGAGUGCGUGUCCCUUCCUUUUUUAAGAUAAGGGGGGUCAAAUUAAGUUGUGCAAUUUCUUUGCAGUGAGUAUAAAAAGCAUCAGAGUAGAAGAAAUUAGUGGAUGUCAUGAAAUAGCUAAUUAUACCAUUCUGUAAUUUCAUUUUCUUUGCUGUGGAACUACAACCUUAAGCAACACCCUCCCCCUUCUCAUUUCUUCGGUGAUGGAUUUUGCAGGUUGUGCUCAUGAUCGGAUUAAUCUUUUAAGUUGCAGAGUGGAAAUAUGCUAGAGGCGAUACAUUCUGUAUUCCUUUGAUUUUCUUUCAAUUAUUAAUUGGAGCAGCAGUAGAUGACGGAUAUCAGAUGUCCCAAGACUAAAGGAAUUUUACAGGAGGAAGAACCCCAAAAAGUGAUGAUCAGAAUACAAGUUUGCUGAUGGAUGGCAUGAUUUUUUUUUUAUUUAUUUAAACUUGUUAUUAUUGUUGCCAUCCGUUUCAUUGACUUAAUUCUAAGUUGCUGUUGUCAUCAUCAUUAUUGUCAAUUUUGUGUUCUAAGGUGGGCCAUUGCCUCAGUGCAGCUUAUUAGUGCAAAUUGACACAAAUUGUCAAUUUUGCGUAUUGUGUGAACAUCAGAGGUGCAGCCUAGGGUUUCGCCACACGCUGGAAAGCUUGCGUUUGGCGGAUUCUGGCAAUUCCUGAAGAUGUUAAGAGUGCUUCAAAUAAAAUGAAGUUGCAUUGUUGAUCA